ACUAAAACAGACGGCGAAAUAUCCUAUCCUAGUAAAGAAGGAGGAGCGCAGCAUGGUUUCUGUGAAUGGUUGUGUUUUUUUGUAGAGAAACAGGAAGAGAAACUGGAGUAAAAUGUCUUUUGUAAAGCCUCUUCUUGAUGGUGUUGAAAAAGCCUAGUCUGGUUAGCUCGCAUUGGGAAUUGAAGGCCUUCCAGAUGUAGAGAUCGCAAGAUAACUCUUGCGGUCUUGAACGUAAGCGGAUAACCAAGCAGCCAUAUCACCCUGCAGCUCCUAGCUGGCCCCCUGAAGCCCAAGAGGUGUGAGCCUGUUUGUGUUCCAGGGUGUGAGAAGGUUUCUGCAAGGUGUUUUAAAUGAGAAUGUCCCUGGCACAGAGAGUGCUCCUCACCUGGGUCUUCACACUGGUCUUCCUCAUCAUGCUGGUGCUGAAGCUGGAUGAGAAGGUCAACUGGAGCUGGUUCCUCAUCUUCCUGCCCGUCUGGAUCUUCGACACCAUCCUGCUCCUCAUGCUCGUGGUUAAACUGGUGGGCCGCUGCAAGCCUGGCUAUGACCCUCGCAAUGAAGCCCAGCACUUGAAGAGGAGGGUGUGGUACAUGAUAGCCAUGCACUUAAAACUGGCCUUCUGCCUCACGCUGUGUGCCAGACUGGAGCAGCUCACGGUCAUGAAACUGACUUUUGUCUUCAUUCCGCUUUGGGUCCUUCUCGUAGGGGCCAUGGUGGAGCUCGGGUACAACAUAUUUCAUGACAGGAGGGACUAAAGUUGGCAUGAAAGGAAGAGGAAACCCAGUGACUUCUCUGCACCCAGCUUUCUCACAGUGAACUGAAGACUGAGUCUUCUGCCUGAUUUGCUGUUAUGAACACUUCUUUUCCUCACAGCUGGUUGAAAGCAGUAUUAAAGCUGAUGGUCAGGAGGUAGGCAUUCAUUGGCACGUUUCGUAUCAGGGUGCCCGGAGCAGGCGUUUUUUCAGAAAUAUGAUGUUUGGACUUCAGUCUUGUGAUGGUGUAAAGCCAUGAUUACUUCAGGUGUGGCACGAAAAAUAUAAAAAGGGGUAUUUUCACAUCAGCAUUAUUUUGUAUACUUAGCUUCAUUUAACUGAUGUCAACAGUUAUUUUCUGUGGAAAGCAUAGUCUCUCAAGUUGUUUUUAAAGAUGUGGUCUCUCCCGGAAUGAAUGCUGUUACUUGGAAUGGCAGAUUAAUGCAAAAUAAAAAGAUUGACUUCCCUGGACCAGGAAUAUUAUUCAUUAUUUUGGGCUAGUCAUACGGACAGCUUUUCAAUAAUUCUAAUAUGUGUAUGUAUAUAUUCAGGGACAAUGAAUUUAAUAUUGAUAUCAAUGUCUGUUCUGUGUAUUCCAUGAAUAAAGUUUCAUGCCAGCAUUGUCCAGAAAAGAA